GAGGGCACGGGCGGCGAGCUGGACAGCGGGCCGCUGCGCGAGCUGUGGGCUUCCGCCCUCGACGCGUGGAUCGGGCCACCGGGCGCGGGCCCCGAGGAGGUGGUGUACAUGCGGCCCGCGGGCGCAGGCCCUGCAGGUGCCGCCGGCGCCGCACGCUCCGCCCCGUGGCCCGCGUGGGUGUCCAGCGCGCGAGCGCUGGCCGAGGCGAGCGACGGCCUCUUCGGGCUCACGGCCGCCAACCCGAUGGGCGAGGGCAGGCCACACGCGGAGAACGCGCGGCAGAAACUCCCUCCUGCGGCAAGACAUCGAGCAGCUGUGCCUAGAGACAGGGGGUGUGUGGUGGCACUCCUUCGGUUUCGCCACGGACUGGCACGAGAAAGGCUUCACCGUUGCCGCUCCCAGGGAAAAGGUGAUCGACUUGGCCCGGAAAUACAAGCAGGGUGCAGUUUACCGCUUUGUCGCCCACAUCGGCAGUGAGGACUGCAUGGCUCGCCUCAGCCCCCCUUUCGUGCGCCAGACGGUCCCCGUGCUGGUUUCCGAUACAGAGGCGGAUGUCUUGGUGGAGCCGACGCGGAGGCCAGAUUUUGAGCAGGCCGACCCUCAUUGGGAGCCACCUUUCUGA